UCCCCUUCGGUAUUAUACAUUGCCAAACGCAGCCUUAGAUACAAACGAACGAAAUCGAGAGAACAGAACGUGGUAGUGAAAUCAUGGCGUCGGUGGUGAAGAGCAUCAUAGAUGGAGUCAAGGAGAAAGGUCUCGGCGGCUUCUUCAGACACCUCAAGAAUGAAGGAUACUUGAGAUGCCUUCCUGAUGGAAACCUAUUGCAAACCAAGAUCCACAAUAUUGGGGCAACGCUUGUUGGUGUUGAUAAGUUUGGUAACAAGUAUUACGAGAAAACUGAAAACACACAGUAUGGAAGACACAGGUGGGUUGAAUAUGCUGAGAAGACUAGAUAUAAUGCUUCUCAGGUUCCUGCUGAAUGGCAUGGCUGGCUCCACUUCAUAACCGAUCACACCGGUGAUGAGCUUCUUUUAUUGAAACCAAAAAGGUACGGUGUUGAACAUAAAGAAAAUUUAUCUGGACAUGGUGAAGAGUUUAUCUAUCAUUCCAAGGGACACGCUCUCAAUCCAGGGCAGAGAAACUGGACCAGGUACCAACCAUGGCAGUCCACCAACGAACCGUGAAUAUGGUUCAGCUUUGAGUUACCGAUGUCUUGGAUUGGAUGUUUAUUUUUCUUUCCUCCUGACAAAUCGUUUUGAAUUCAAUUCAUGAGGUGGAAAACAGUUUUUUUUUCUUUUAACAAUAAAUGAAUUAUUAGCUGUGAAAACAGAUAAAUUCACCGAAAUUGAAAUAUUUUCUAUGUACUUUCACCAAUCGGUAUGUAUUUGUUGUUGUGAUAUGUUAAAAGGAUUUGCUCUUUAUUUUACUGUAA